GCCGGGCUGAGGGAGGGUGGAGGAACUAAAAUGGAGGUGGGAGGAGGAGGCCCAGGGACGCUGGUUGGAAACAACAAGCAACAGCAACAGCAGCAACAGCAGCAGCAGCCUCCGCCACCUCCAUCGUCUCCGCAGCCGCAGCUGGCGGGGCCGAGGGCCGGAGGGGCGCUUCUGCCCGGGGGCAAGGGCCGCGAGUUCAACCGCAACCAGCGCAAGGACUCGGAGGGCUAUUCGGAGUCCCCGGACCUCGAGUUUGAGUAUGCUGACACGGACAAGUGGGCUGCAGAGCUCUCUGAACUCUAUAGUUACACGGAAGGGCCCGAGUUUAUGAUGAAUCGCAAAUGCUUUGAGGAAGACUUCAGUAUCCACGUGGCCGAUCAGAAAUGGACCAGCUUGGACACCAGUCAGCACCGCACCCACGCCAUGAGGCUCCUGGAUGGGUUGGAGGUCACAGCUAGGGAGAGGAGGCUCAAAGUAGCCCGGGCGAUUCUCUACCUGGCCCAAGGUACCUUUGGUGAGUGCGGCUCAGAAGUGGAAGUGCAGUUCUGGAUGCGGUACAACAUCUUCCUGCUCUUGGAGGUGGGGACGUUUAAUGCUCUUGUGGAGCUCCUGAACAUGGAGAUUGACAACAGCGCCGCUUGCAGCAGUGCCGUGAGGAAGCCGGCCAUCUCCCUGGCCGACAGCACAGACCUGAGGGUCCUGCUGAACAUCAUGUACUUGAUCGUGGAGACCGUCCGCCAGGAGGGCGAAGGAGACAAAGCUGACUGGAAGACGAUGAGGCAGACCUUCCGGGCCGAGCUAGGCUCUCCCUUGUACAACAACGAGCCAUUCUCCAUCAUGCUGCUGGGGAUGGUGACCAAGUUCUGCAGUGGCCAUGCUCCACACUUCCCCAUGAAGAAGGUCCUGCUACUGCUCUGGAAGACAGUGCUGUGCACCCUGGGAGGGUUCGAAGAGCUCCAGAUCAUGAAAGCUGAGAAGCGGGAGAUCCUGGGCCUGCCUCCGCUGCCUGAAGACAGCAUCAAAGUGAUCCGCAGCAUGCGGGCUGCCUCGCCACCCGCCUCCGCCUCCGACCUGAUCGAACAGCAGCAGAAACGGGGCCGGCGGGAGCAUAAGGCUCUCAUCAAACAGGACAACCUGGACGCCUUUAACGAGCGGGAUCCUUACAAGCCCGACGACUCCCGCGAGGAGGAGGAGGAGAACGACGAUGACAACAGCCUGGAGGGCGAGACCUUCCCCCUGGAGCGGGACGAGGUGAUGCCCCCUCCCACCCAGCACCCCCAGAGCGACCGGCUUGCCUGCCCCAAGGGGCUCCCGUGGGCCCCUAAGGUCCGGGAGAAAGAUAUUGAGAUGUUCCUGGAAUCCAGUCGGAGUAAAUUCAUUGGCUACACGCUAGGCAGUGACACCAACACUGUGGUGGGGCUACCCAGGCCGAUCCACGAGAGCAUCAAAACCCUGAAGCUGCACAAGUACACGUCGAUCGCAGAGGUCCAGGCACAGAUGGAAGAGGAGUACCUGCGUUCCCCGUUGUCAGGGGGAGAAGAGGAGGUGGAGCAGGUUCCGGCGGAAACUUUGUACCAGGGCCUGCUUCCCAGCCUGCCGCAGUACAUGAUCGCCCUGCUGAAGAUCCUGCUGGCUGCGGCUCCCACAUCCAAAGCCAAAACAGACUCGAUAAACAUCCUGGCUGACGUCCUCCCCGAGGAGAUGCCCACCACGGUGCUCCAGAGCAUGAAGCUGGGAGUGGACGUGAACCGGCACAAGGAGAUCAUCGUGAAAGCCAUCUCUGCCGUCCUCCUGCUGCUGCUGAAGCACUUCAAGCUCAACCACGUCUACCAGUUUGAGUACAUGGCCCAGCACCUGGUAUUUGCCAACUGCAUCCCCUUGAUCCUGAAGUUCUUCAAUCAAAACAUCAUGUCUUACAUUACUGCCAAGAACAGCAUUUCUGUCCUGGAUUAUCCUCACUGUGUGGUGCAUGAGCUCCCGGAGCUGACCGCAGAGAGCCUGGAAGCCGGGGACAACAACCAGUUUUGCUGGAGAAACCUCUUCUCCUGCAUCAACCUGCUGCGCAUCUUGAACAAGCUGACCAAGUGGAAGCACUCACGGACCAUGAUGCUGGUGGUCUUCAAGUCGGCCCCCAUCCUGAAACGAGCCCUCAAGGUGAAGCAGGCCAUGAUGCAGCUGUACGUGCUGAAGCUGCUUAAGGUUCAGACGAAGUACCUGGGCCGCCAGUGGCGAAAGAGCAACAUGAAGACCAUGUCCGCCAUCUACCAGAAAGUGCGGCAUCGCCUCAAUGACGACUGGGCCUACGGGAAUGAUCUAGAUGCCCGCCCCUGGGACUUCCAGGCCGAGGAGUGCGCUCUGCGGGCCAACAUCGAGCGCUUCAACUCCCGCCGCUACGACCGAGCGCACAACAACCCCGACUUCCUGCCCGUGGACAACUGCCUGCAGAGCGUCCUGGGUCAGCGGGUGGAGCUCCCGGAGGACUUCCAGAUGAACUAUGACCUCUGGCUGGAGCGCGAGGUCUUCUCCAAACCCAUCUCUUGGGAAGAGCUGCUGCAGUAAGGGUCUCCACCCGGCCGGGGGCCGCCCCCGUCCCCGCCGAGGGGCUCCGGCGACGGCGCCGUCAGUCUUCCCCCUGCGGGUUACGAUCCCGGGCUCUUCCUCCAGGUGGCGGUACGGCCCCGCGGGCCUCGGCCGCGACUGAGCCCCCUGCGGGAAUUUAUCCGGGCCGGGCUGGGCUGGUGGGCCGGCCGGCCCGGGAGACAACCGCGUCUCCCGGGCACCGUCGGCAACCAAGCCCGAGCAUCUCGGCCCUACCUCCUCCCGCCUCCGGCCUGGAAACGGCCUGCCCGAGGCCGGAGCUCCUGGGGGCCGGGAGCCCGCCCCGGAGGCCCGAGGGUCCCGGUGCGGGCCGGGGGCCGGGAGCCAGUGUUACGGGCACCAGCCCAGCUCUGCCUCAGGCAUGCCUGGCCAACUGCCGCUCACCACUCCUGCCAGCCAGGGACUGGGGGGGCAGGCGGGACAGGAAUGGAAAUCUCCCCGUGGGAAACAGAGGCCUGGCCCUCUUCUGCUCUCAGCAGCCUGCUGUGUAUAUAUAUACAUACGUAUACAUAUAUACAUAUAUAUAUAUAUAUAUAUAUAUAUAAAUCUGUGUGCGUCCUCUCACUCCAUGGUUUUUCCAUGUAUUUGUGUGUUCUCUUUACAUUAAAAAGGAAGGAAUCCUCUUUGUCUCUUCUGCCCAUCUGAGAAGCAGCACGGCCUAGGGAAAGAGCCUGGGAGCUGGCAGACCUGUGUUCUAUUUCCCAGC